AUGAAUUCUCAGGCCCAGACCUCAACCUCGAACCCUACCUCAGCCCCGGGCUUGAGCAACAACAGCGGCGGUGAUGACGGCGGCGGCGGCGACGAUGACAGAAAGCGAAUCAAUCCCAACAGGGCCCACUACAAAGAUGUAAUGGAUUUUGCCGCUGGAGACACAGAGAAGCCGCCCGAAACGCAAGAGCAGGCUGCAAAGAGGGAGAAAAUAGAAGAAUUUGCCUUCGACCGUGACGCCAAGGGCAACCUUCAAAAUUCCAACUAUCGUCAUGCCAGUGGGAGGUACAACGAACAUGGGAGAACUGGCAGCGACACUAUUCCUGAGGAAAGCCCUUCUCCUUCCUCGAAGGCAGGCAAGCUCAAGUCAGGCGAAGGAGGCAACGAGGACAAUACUGGUACUCCCGCCAACGAUAACACAGACAUUCGUGAUGAAGCAGGCGACAAGAAAAGCGCUGAUACUUCUGCCGAUGAUGGGACUGGCAAUUCUGACGAAGAGAGCGACCAAUACCCUCCUCCUAUCACUCCCUGCAAGCCUCAAUGA